GAGGUCUUGACCUUACGUGAAGAGUUUUUUUGCUUCACUGCUGGCGUGGUAAUUUUCUUGUGCAUUAUCUCUGACAAAAUUAUCCGAGGCUGAUUUCAGCUGGAGCGAUCCCUGCUUCUGCGACCCCGCCAUUGCAACGCAACGUUGCAAUGAAUGACACGUUAGAACGCUAAUUCGAGCCCGGUUUCACCUGAUAGCAGAAGUUUCAUUGUUGUUGGUGGAUGUAUUUGAGAAUGUCAAGAUACUUAAUGCUUUCCGUUAUAUCUCAAGCGCUCUCUGUUCGACGCUUUGUCAUCGAACAGCCAGGGUUCAAAUUCAGGACACACUGUGAAAUGGCAGAGGAGCAGGAGAUUUGGCUUAGCCAAGACGAGGAAAAUGGGUACUCGGACUCAGAUCAAGACUUUGCCUCUGCAGAUCCAGCGGCCUUCAAUCUAGCUUUAGUGAAUCAAGGUGGCCAAGAAGGAGGUAAGCUGGGUUUUAAAUGACAGUCAAUGAACCAGAGGAGCUUUAUAGCUGACCGCUUAAUCAGGUUAUCAUGUUCGUAACAAGGAAUAUAUGCUUCAGAGGAAGACGGUUUCCGUCAUAAGUGGCGGUUUUCGUAAAAAGAAAGACCGGCAUUUACUGUAGGUUGCGAGGCUAGGGCUAUGAUUCAUGGGCGUAUGAGCCCCAGCUCUGACAAGCCAGCCACUAUCCUGGUCUACGAGCUCAAGUUCCUUUCACGUCGCGGCACGCGCAUCAAGGACGCCGAUAUCCUCUUCGAGUUUCAGUUGACGUCAAAGAGGCAGAGUACCGUGGGUCCAACUGUUUUCGAAGUGCGACCGAACGGUCAGAGUAAGAUUGGGGAGACGAUUGAAAACCAAGCGUCAAAGUUAGGUCUCUCUUUCAACUUCGGGCCAUCCAUUCCCGGCGUCGAUGCCGGAAUCACUACCUCCUGGGAGCAGAACAUCAGUAAGGAUGUCAAAUUCCACACAACCGUAACAGGUGAUAAUCCUGCGGAUGAGGUGUGGGGAGAUAAGAACCUCUACUUCGAUGCAACAAACUUAAAAGGCAAAACUUCCAAAGAAAUUGCAGAUCUCGUCACCAUGCUUGCGAAUCCUGGAGGCUUUGAGGACACUCUAUCUUAUGUUAGCCUACCCGUUCUAAGCUACACAAAAGACCCGAUGAGUAGCUCGAGUCAGAGUUCCAGGAAUUACGAUACAAACGAGCGACGUCAGCAUAGUGUGAGUGGCUAGGACGACAAGACGACAGGUCGGAACUCCGUAAUUGCUGUGCUGGACAAGCUUGCCGAGUGUGGUGUCCGGAAGGUCAUCCGUCUAAUUGUCGAGGAGGACUUAAAGUCUCCUCACACCGAUGCCGCCAUUGAGAGGGCUGUACGUGGUAUAGACUCCAUGCAGCCAGAAUACGGGAGGGAGCACCCUGGGGUCGCCGUGGAAGUUUGGUAAGUGCAGUUUCUAGCGCAUGCUAGAGUGUACUAGCAACAUGAUGUCACACAGAGCUUAUUCAAUAUCUAUAGGGACUGGAAAAAGUGUGAUCUCAGCACUGACGUCAUCAGAUUUGCUUCACCAAAGGUCUCAGGUCAAUUUGUAUUGGACGGGCAACCAGGUCGUGUUGAAAGGCUGGGCGAGCAAAGAGGGUAUUCCACGCCUAUUCGUGGAUUCUGAGAAAUGUCUCAAGACUGUCAACAUCUUUUGGUCUCCUGUAAGUGCCGGCCUCUAAGCACAUCUAUAUGUUUAGAAAUUGGGAAUUGGGAAUUAGGAAUUAGGAAUGUAUUUUAUUAGAUAGGUAAGGUUACUUUAAGUAUAUAUAAAGUUAAUUAUUCUAUUUGCUUUCUUAUUUUGAAGAUCUCUUGUUUUGAGAGAUAGAAGAUAGAAGAUAGAAGAUGGAUUUGUUUUACUGCGGGAGUGGAAGGA